AUGCCAGAGUAUUUAAAGUUUCAUUCGAAGCCAUCGGGAAACCAUGAAGGCAAGCACCAUAUCAUAAUAGUGGGAGCGGGUAUAAUUGGUGUAUGUACAGCUUACUAUCUUGUCCAGCACCCAAAAUUUGAUCCUGAAAAGUAUCACAUCACCCUCAUAGAAAGUAAAAGAGUUGCCGGGGGCGCCAGUGGUAAAGCAGGAGGACUAUUGGCAUUGUGGGCAUUUCCCGAACAAAUAGUAUCGUUAUCUUUUGACUUGCAUCAGCAACUAUCGAAUGAAUUUAAUGGUGAGAAGGAAUGGGGUUACAGAAGAUUGACAACCGUCUCGUUGGAAGGUGAUAUAUCCCAUUUGAUGGAUAAGAAGGGUAAUGGCCAUGAGCAUGAUUAUGACGAUGAUGAGGAUGAUGAAAACGAAAGCGAGGAACGUGACGAUUUUGAUGACGGUACAUUCAAACAAGCAACUGCACAUGAUAGUGAUUCUUCAUCUUCGAUAACAGAUAGACCACCUAAAAAGACUGCUAGAAAUACUAGAUCCACUUCAACACUUCAAUUAGACACAUUAAACAAUCGUUUACCUCCCAACUUGAAUUGGAUUACUUCAUCUUUGAUUGAACAUUGUUCUACUUUGGGUGGCACAGAUACAACGGCACAAGUUCACCCAUACAAAUUUACAAAUUUUAUUUUAAGAAAAGCCGUGGAAGAUUCAAAGGGAGCUUUAGAAUUGAUUUUGGGUAAAGUUGAUCAGAUUACGUAUUCAGAAGAAUCAGGGUCUGCUACGGGUGUUGAAUAUCAACCAACUUCUGUUAAAGAUGAGAAGAGCCAGGGUGAAACUAUCAGUCUUGCAGCUGAACAAGUGGUGUUGACAGUUGGACCAUGGACUUCUAAAAUAUUACCAGAUUGUCCAAUAUCCGGUUUACGAGCACAUUCUAUCACAAUUGCACCAUUUAAAGACCAACCUGUUAGUCCAUAUGCAAUUUUCACUGAAUUCAAGACCGGUCCAUAUUCAUAUAUUUCGCCAGAAAUUUAUGCUCGACAAGAUGAAGUGUACGUGUGUGGAGAAGGAGAUUCGACGGUGGCAGUUCCAGAGACUACAGAUGAUGUUGAAGUUGUCAAAUCCAAAUGUGAUGAGUUAUUCCGUCAAGUAGGUAAAGUGUCUCCAAAUUUAAGAAAAGGUCAAAUACUAAAGCGUCAAGCCUGUUAUUUGCCAGUAUUGGAUGUUCCUUCAUCAAGUGGACCGCUAAUCGGAGAAACAAACGUUGCCAACUUGUAUCUCGCUUCUGGUCAUUCAUGCUGGGGUAUAAAUAAUGCUCCUGGUACUGGUAAAAUUAUGAGUGAGUUAUUACUUGAAGGUGAGACAAAGUCUGCAGAUAUUUCAAGUUUAGAUCCAUCUUUGUAUUUUGAUGCCAGUGUUUUGUUUGAAGAUGAAGAGGAUCUCGAAGAUGAAGAAAACGAAGAGGAUAGUGACUAA